UUGUCAUGUGUAUUGGUGAACUGUCAAACAUUUGAAAUAACAAAUUUGCGCCUUGCAACAAAACAUCACAUCAUCCAGUUUAGCGGAGUGCAACAACAAAAUUCGCAACAAUUGCGAUUGAAUUGUAAGCAUGGUGUGCAUGAACGAGCUCUUGGUGCAACUAAAGAUUUCGAAUAAUAUGGAUUUCUGCAGCGAUUUGGCGAACAUUCAGUCGAUUUUCAACUACGCAAAUGAGUACAUCAAACCAUUGACAAAGAUUCGAUUCCGAGGAGGCAAUGAACCGUACAUAGCGGAUAUCGUCGCAAAGGUGUUGGCACUUUUCAAUCGAAAAGGCUAUUUUGAUGCGGCCACCUCCCGACCGUUGCCUGAAUACGAUGAACAAUUGCGGAAAAUUGUAUUCUACCUUAUGUUGAACACCGAAGCCACUUUCAAGUACGAUCUGAUUACGGAUCACAGUGUGUGCCACUUGCUGAAUACACUGCCUGCACUGCCGAAGGCACUUUUGCAUGCGUGCAUUUGGGGUCUACAUCUUGAGCGACACUUUUGCGACAUUAUUGCAUACACACCGAUCUGGUUUGCGUAUCAGUUCAUCGACAAUGUGGUGGAAAGUCUGAAAUAUGCCGAUCCCUACGAGACGUUAGAGCGUGUCGAUCAAUUGGUACGUGCUGUGUACACAAAUAUCGCACGCUCGGAUUUCCGUCAAAUGGAGGCAGUGGACAAAAAAAUCAUUCUCAACAAAUACUUCGAUGUGACAAUGGAUUUGAUGCGCCACUUCUAUUCGCCGGAUGCGGAAAAGUUUGAGAAAUGGUCGAAGAACAAAUAUCGCAAGUACAUGGGAUUUGUGUUGAAGCAUAAUCUCAAUAUGAUUGCGCAUUGUUUCGAAUUAUUUCAAAAGCGGCCAUCACUCAAAUGUGAUCCGAUUGAAUACAAUAUCUUUGCGUUGAUGGGCGAACGUGAGCCAUUGACUGAUGACCGUCGUGAGAGUUACAGUGACAUCGUUCGCGAUACAUUACACCAGAUGAACACAACGCUACUCAACUCGCUGCAGUACAAUGUGAUGCAGGUGGAUUGCAAUGCAUUCAUGUACUGGGUUGAGGUUGACAUCGACGAAGAAUACACACUACAGCGGCUGGUCGGCGAAGCAGCCUAUACUGUUGAACAAAUGAUCAAUUUGAAUGAAUGUUUCACGCACGAUGUGUCCGCUCAAUUGAAAGCGAUUGUGAUAAAACCACUCACCGUUCCCGAGAUGAUUGCCCGCAUCGAAACCAUCGGCGAAUGGAUUGAGAAAUUGGAAAAUUUGGCCGAUACAAACAACGAACACAUUGAACUAUGGUUAAAUGGAUUCAUCGAUCAGGGUGUAUUGGUGUUGGGCAACACAGAAUGCUUAGAAGCACUUGAGCUACACACAAAAUCCCUGACUAUUCCAGUUGUCAUACGAUUGAUUGAAUUUGCAUCGGUCGCAGGCGCCGAUGAUGAAGGCUGUGUCGAAGAGAAGCUCAUUGAAAUCUGUCUGAAUUCAUUCGAUCAAUUCUCGACCAAGCAAAUAUUCGAACUGAUCCAGUAUGCGAUUGAUGAGCAAAAAUGUGCGUUCGGCAACUUUCAACUGGAUAAUUUCGAACAAUUUCUCAUCGAAGUGUUUAAUAAGACCACGUUCACACAGAAUCGAAACGCUUACUUGAAGCUUCUGUUCCAGAAUCCACAGUUAUUCUAUGCGAAGCUUUUCGACGAAGCCCUCACCACCGACAUGCAAAUGCAACACAUGCUCGAAAUACUCAACGAAACGUCAACGAUUUUCAAGAAUUUCGUCACCAAUCAACUUGAUAGCCUCAUCGAACGUGAGAAGAAUGCCGACGAUUCAUGGGAUUUGCUGCCAAAGCUGUUGGCGAAUUUGUUUUUCAUCGAAAUUCUGAAGCCAUCCGAAUUUAUCGUUGACAUUCUUUACAAGCGUCAUUUGGUCGAUGCCAUGAAAAAUUCCGACUAUGAUCGACUCGAGCUACUAAUCACAACGCUCAAUAUUAUCGCUGAAAAAUUCAAAUUCGAUGGUAUGUGCCCGCCACUUUUGGUCAUGAGCUCACAGCUACUUGAAUUGUGCCGAUGGAAUCUCACCAAGUUCACCGAUCAAUUGGUGUCGAUUGUCACAAAAACCAUCGCAUUCAUAGAUGCCAUUUUAAAGGUUUUCCUGCCGACCGCAUCACAAAAUGAAAAAUCAUGGAUCAUUCCGAAGCUGGCAUCGUAUGGCCCACUCACGCGCUACUACUUCCAGAAGUUGGCAUUGCCAACAGGGACACAACCAAGGAAAUUGGACGAAUUCUUGUGGCCAAACAAUAAGAAACAGGUGGAUAAACAAGAUUGCGUCAAAUUUUUGUGCGAAUACUUUGUACGGUGCACAGCCAAAGAGAUCAGCUGGUUGGCCAAGAACAAGACACUUUUGCCGCAUUUCUGGGAAGCAUUUGAAUUGAUCUCAACGAUUGCCAUGCGAUCGAACCAGGAAAAUGAAGUCAACUGUCUGAAGUAUUGCUGCAACGCAUUCUUAUCGAUUGUUCAGAAAAAUAUGCUAUCAUCAGUUGAAUCAGAUAUCAAUCGGGCAAAUUUGGUGGACAAAGUCAUCAAGCUACUGUGUGAUUUGAAAUCAAUGCCAUUCUUCAGCGAUCUGGUGACCAGUGUGCAACCAGUUCUUGUGAGCAACAUCAACAAAUGCAACGAGCCGGAAUCAAAAGAUCUAUUGCGACAAGGUGUCGAGUCGUUACUCACUCACUUACCAGAUUCUGAAUCAAAAACGCUGCUCACCCAAACUCUCAACAAACUCUAACCAGAGCACAAAUGAAGUCUGAAACAUUUUAUUGUUGAACGAGAGUUUGAAUAAAAAAAAAUCCACGAUUUUUAUACGAGAAUUACAA